GCUGAGAUCGCUUCUGUUGGGGAUCGCAAGACGCUCGAGACCAAAAUGCCGCUUCUCGAAAACAUCAAAGCACUUCACCAGUACACUCGAGAUCGCCAGAAUGCCCUGCAGGCAAACAACCAGAAGCUCCUCUGGAGAUUCGCCGACGUCUUCUGGCGGACCUGCGAUCUUGGAUUUACGGCCUUUGGAGGACCUCCUGUACAUUUCCAGAUCUUGCAUCGGCGCUUCGUAGAAGGUCGUGGGGGUGUGGUCCCGUGGAUCGAUGAGCAAACGUACCAAGAGCUUUUCGCCAUCUGCCAGGCCCUUCCGGGGCCAGGGAGCACCAAGAUGCUCUUUUGCAUGGCGCUCAUCCAUGCAGGCUUCAUCCCAGCAGUGUUUGUCUUCCUGACUUGGAGCCUUCCUGGGGCGAUCGCAAUGUAUGGGCUGUCGCUUGGAGUCCAACACAUCAAUACCGUCCUCCCGGGUGCUGCCUGCGCAUUCCUAUCAGGCCUGAACUCCUCAACCGUCGGAAUUGUCGCUCUUGCUGCUGUUCAGCUCGCAGACAAAGCCAUCAAGGACAGACUGUCGAGAAUUCUUGUCAUCUUCGGCGCAUGCGCGGGCCUCUGCUAUAAUGCCUUGUGGUAUUUUCCCGUCCUCAUACUGGGUGGAGGCAUUGCGACGGCGAUCUGGGAUACUCGUCUCAGACAGGCAGUUGCUCGAUGGAGAAGGAGAUUGAAGGAGCGGAGAUCACGACAGGAACCUGCAGUGGAGGAAACUGGCAACGACGGAGGCCAAAGCAUAGAGAUGACCACCGCGCCCAGUGAGAGGUCGAACACGGUGCAAAGAAGAUCUGCAGCGGCAGUCGCUCAAUCAGCGAAUGCAGCAUCACCGAAAGUCGGCGAGGCUUCGACAUCUGCACCGGUCGCCAAUGAUGCACCAGCUCCUUCUACGGAUAUGCGAUCACAUGGAAUCUCGGUGCCCACAGGACUCAUCAUUAUCGCCGUCUUCUUUGCAUCAUUUGUCGCAGUUCUUGUCACACGUGGUCUUCUCAAAUCCACUCCACGGCCUCUGGACCUGUUCGCAAACAUGUAUCUCGCGGGGACAAUCAUCUUUGGCGGAGGUCCCGUCGUGAUCCCCUUGCUCCGAGAAUACGUGGUUCAGCCCGGCUGGGUCUCGUCGCGAGACUUCCUCAUCGGCCUGGCCAUCAUUCAGGCAUUUCCUGGGCCGAAUUUCAACUUCGGCGUCUAUCUCGGUGCGCUAGCGCUGUUGGGCACAUCUCAGCCCACGAUCCUCGGCGCCUUGAUGGGGUACAUUGGCAUCUUCCUGCCGGGUAUCGCGCUGGCCGUGGGAGUCCAGGGCAUUUGGCGAGUCCUUCGCACAAAGCCAGUGGUAGUCAGCCUCCUUCGAGGGGUCAACGCAACGGCAGUCGGGCUGGUUUUCACGGCGGUUUAUCGCUUGUGGGAAAUCGGCUACUUGACGCCUCAAGCGACGCAGGGUCAGAGUCUGGCGAAGGAACCCUGGUGGGUCGUGGUCGCCGUGUUAACAUAUUCCGAGUCAGCCUGGUUCAACAUCCCCGCGGCUCCGGCGAUUGUCUUGGGAGGCUUGCUGGGUUUGGCCUGGUAUGGUGCUGUGGGCAAAAGUGUCCUUGGCUGAAGAAGGCCGGGCUUCGGAGGAUGUGCGACUUGUAAGGUGAUUGCCCAAGCGAUAAGUGGUUUUUGAUACUCUAACCUGACCUGGUCGAAAUUGGUAAGUGUAUGGAAACAAUCCUUCCGGCCAGACGCUUGACUUUUGGUUGCCCUAUUCCUUUGGAAUAUGUUAUCGCAAGUGGUGUUAUGUUUGAUCGAAGGAGACACCUCGGACACCUUUGCCGGGAAUUCACGCGAAUUUCUGGGAUGUUCAGGGUCCCAACAUGGACUUCUGAGAUAUCAAAGGCGGUGCGUUCAGGUACUCGAAAGCGGGGGCAGAGUUGAUCCAGAACUCUUUCUACCGAUGCCGAAGAUUCUUGGUGUGAAGAGCUACUAUUUAUUUAUUGAUCCUCG